UGACUAUUCAAAGUUGAGCAAGCCGCUCAACGCAGGGUAGGCCAGAGUCGUCCCGUCGCAGCCACCCUAGACCAGGGCUGGGGGACCAGGCCGCCUGAUCCACGUGCGGCCGGCUCCCUAGCGUCAGGGGAAACCGAGCCUCAUCAACCCAUCGCCAUUACUCGUGCUCUCUAAAGGCCGAUCCUUCGAUCCCAUCCCAAGCUGCCCGAAGCGUUCGCCGUGGAUGUCAAUCUGUGACGGCAGUUGACUACGACAUCCAUCGUUGCCGAGACCUGCUUCGCGAAACACCACGGAUUGACAUCACCGUCGCCAGCUGGCCAACGGACCAACGACAACGCGAGCGCACAACGACGUGCACCCUCACCUCCGGAGCAGCAGCACCAGCGGGCAGCCACGGCCACCACACCGAAGUGUCUGUCAAACCGUCAUGGGCUCUUCGGAUAUCCCUCCGCCGUCGGCCCCGGCGUGGCUCGUCCCAGCAUCGACGGCGCUGCUCGGCUCAGGCGUCGUCUGCUGGCUGGCCUGCUAUGUCCUCAUGACACGCCGCUCGCUGGCCACAAACGCGACGCCCAUCCCCCUCAUCCCACUCGGCAUCAACCUCGCGUGGGAGGUCGUUUACGCUCUCUACGUGACUGAGGCGCCCCUCGAGCUGGCCGGCUUCGGCCUAUGGUUGGCGUUCGACGUGCCCGUGCUCUACGCCACGCUGAAGACGGCGCCCCGAUCUUUCGCGGCCGCCCCGCUGGUGGCUCGCAAUGCCGGCAAGCUGCUCGCCGUCGUCUUCGUCUUCGGGCUCGCCAGCAACGCGCUCUUCGCCUGGUGGUGGCUCGCCGAGCCGCACCGCGGCCACGGGCUCAAGUGGGGCAAGUUUUGGAACGGCCUCGAUGCUCGUGACACGACGGAGCUCGCCUGGUGGUCUGCGGGCGUGGCGCAGCUGGCCAUGAGUGUCGGCGCGCUGGCGAUGCUGGUUCAGCGAGGUCACUCUGGUGGUCAGAGUUAUGCAAUCUGGCUGUGUCGAUUCGCCGGGACGCAGUUGGGCCUCCCCGGGCCGUGCGUCCUGCUCUGGUGGUACUGGCCUGAGGCCCACGGCUUCGUCUUGCACCCGCUCUCCAUCAUCAUUGUGGGCACGUCCGUCGCCUGCGAUGUGGCGUACCCCUUCGUCCUCGCGCACGUACGCAAGACGGAGAGGCUGUUGCCUGACGGGACCGUCGUCGCCGGGGACGUUGCGAGGGAUGGCAGCCACGAGGCUCGCCACAGGAAGCGAGAUUGAGAAAGCCUUCCUGCGACGAACCCCGUUUCCUCCGGAGAAUAUCGACAAGUGUGUCAAUGUCGAUAUUGUUCCCAUCCCCAUUUCAGCUCAGCCCUGGCCGGGGAAAAGCGCACCCCCCCUCUCUUGGACAGUGCGUCGUCCACGACAUGAACCCACCUCACUCACACCCCCUCCCCUUUCGAAAGUCUCCUUCUGCUCAGCCCGUCGUUCUCGUUGGCCCAUGUCUAGCAAAAAGCUCAUGGAAUUCGACAUUGCGAUUCGAUCUCAAGCGCCAUACCACGACGAUUGAGAUCGCGUUGGACCUCCGUCUGUCAAUCAACCUGAGAGCCCGCAGGGGCGCACGCGCAGCAACCUGCAGCCUUUCCACGUGUGCGACGUCCAAUCGCCCAUCGAGAUGGACAAGAGUCCUGUCGCACUGAGACAGGGCCGGCGGGUAUGUGGACGAGGCGGCCCUCCCCUGGAUGGAGUCGCUUUUGCCUGCAAAGCACCAGACCCGUCCGCCCCCAACAACCCAAGAGUGGCGCGUGGCCUGUCGGGACCGAGCCGGGCAGCGGCGGGCACGCAAGGCCAGAGGAUUUAUGCCAUAUUUCUUUCGUUCCGUUGCGGGUCGAUGGACGUUGCUAGCCAGCCUGCAUGAUGCUUUACCUCGUGCCACUUCUAAUACUACAUACUUUACUUCGUAACGCGUUAGGGAGG